AUGACAGAAAGAUUGAAUAUCAACAAAAUCGACAUGAGCAUAGAAGAAUGGACUAGUAAAGUCCAAGUGGUAGAUAAAGGCCAUCCUCGAACCAACAGGGAGGGAAACAAGAAAUAUCAAUUGAUGAUAUUACAAGAUGAAGAGGAAACUCAAAUACAAGUUACCAUGUACGGUACAGAUAUCACACAUUAUGAAAAUGAGUUUGUUCCUUUCCAAACAUAUUUGUUAUCGGGGGCAUUUGUCACCAAAUCAACCAAGGCGUACGGAAAUCCUCUUCAUCAAUUCACCUGGACAAUUGAUAAGGGCACAAUUGUUGAACCAAUAGAACAAGUUAUACCCCCUGAACCACCAUUGUUGCCACCAACGCUGAUAAAAGUUACAUCGUUUGACAGUUUCGACUAUCAAGUUGUAGGCUUUGAAUUCGGUACUUCUCAAAAUAUCUUUACACUUAUUCUAACUAAUAACUCUUUACUUUAUGCAAGAUAUUCUUGCCCUCGUGAAAAUGGUAGCCCUCCAUCAUAUGCCUCAAAUGGGAGCAGAAUUCAAGAAUUCAUCAUCAUCGACUAUCAGUCCGAUGAAAUAAAACCACUUCUCAGCACAUACACAACAAAAAGCACCACAGCUAUAGGCCCUCUUUUGUUUGUGCCAUUUGAAGAACACAUCGUACCUAUUGUCAAUAUCCAGCAACAAUCUUUGUCUGCUCCGACUGCAAGCAAAUCUUUCCAAGGAAUUGGUCACAGCGAAGAUUCUAUUGUACAACCUGUCGUCGAUCAAUACAUCUCACACCCAGCCAUGAUUUCAGACAAAAUUGGAGAAGAACUAUUGUCUCUCACUGUGGCAGAAAUUCGUGACGUACGUUGCAUCAAGAAACAACUAUUGCCACUCAUACUGGUGCAACACAUACUGCUAGGGAACACAUUCACUAUCCAAAUAAAGAAGUUGUUCGCAAAAAACAAGGAUGCAUCUUCAGCAAAAUUGUUUAUCAUGUCAAUCACCGAAAAAGAUAUUGCUAGCAAUCUGCCACUGCACCAACAACUCCAGAAAGCAGUAAACGCAAGCUGA